AUGACGUACCGCGGCGCGUGGGACGGGCUGCCCACGUCGUCAUCGUCGCCCCCGCUGCAGGCGACGCUCUCUUCAUCGCCGCCAUCGAGUCCGACGCCGUACCAGCGCACGACAUCCAGCACGUCCGUGCUGGCCUCGGACCCGUUCUCGGCGUCGGCCAAGUCUCUGUCGAUCGGCCCGCCAUCCCGCCCGCGGUGGUCUCGCGCGGCGACGGCGCCGGGUCGCGGCGCAUCCGAGGUGCCGGCCGGCAGCCUCAAUGUGCUCCCGGCGGCCCAGCCAAGCGCGCCCCAUGUGCUAGGCGAGUUCUUCGAGUCGCAGUCCGAUGUGUCCAUGUCGUCGAUCGACGAGCUGGGCAGCUCGCUGGAGUCGCCAGUCACGGCGUCGACCAUUCCUGCGCGCCGUGCAUUCGAGCGCACUGAGAGCGCCAGCACCGACCCCCUGUGUGCGGCGGGCCGCACCGAGUCGUUCUCCCGCUCCGUGCAGCGCCUGCGCCGUAGCGACGCGUCGCCGCAGAAGGGCAGCGCCAGUGCCGGCCCUGCGGCGCCUGCGCCCGCGCCCGCGCCCACGCGCGAGCCCGCGCGGCCCACCGACGCGGCGAGCCGCGCAGACCUCCAGUGGGACGCGCUCGUGAACCGCAUCUUUGACGAGGCGCGCGCUCGGCCGGCCCUGCUGCUAGGCGGCUGCGGCCUGGAGAGCGUGCCGUCGGUCGUCGGCGACCUGCGGCACUUUGUGGCGAUCGAGCCGCGGCGCGUCGACGCACGCCCAUCCAGCGCGAGCCAGACGACGAAUGGCGACCAGGUGCAGCUCUACCUAUGGGACAACCACCUGACGCGUCUGCCCAGCGCGCUCUUCCAGGUCACGAACCUGGGCGUGCUCUCGCUGCGCAAGAACCACCUCACGCACCUGCCCGCGGCCAUCGGCGACCUGCGCCACCUGCGCGAGCUCAAUGUAGGCGGCAAUGCCCUCACCUACCUGCCGGCCGAGAUCCAGCAGCUGCAGCUGCACACAUUCACGUACGUGCCCAACCCGUUCCUGCCGAUACCCCCCGACGCGGCGCUGGACGUGCGCCCCCUG